AUGUCGACUCCUGGUUACGCCCAUCUGCUUGCCCACCUGCACCAGCGCAAGGACAAAAAAACCCUGCCGCUUAGUACAAUUCAAGCUGCGACUGCCCACCACUUGGCCACGCUGUCACCUCUCCCAACUCCGCUUGCCGCAAUAAUCUUGUCCUCCCCUCUUUUUACUGCCCAACCUCUCACCAACGAGAAGCUCCAAACUCUGUUUACCGCAUUCCGCCAUGCAACUCAUAUUCGCUUUCGCGACGCACAGAAAAUCGACGAGAAGCGAUCAUUUGUUGACGCAACUUUUGCGAGAGCGCUAAGAACCCGAAUCGCGUUAUGGUCGAACGCGGUUUUAAAAGGAAUUAAAGGAGGACAACCGCUAUUGCGACUGGCCUGCUGUGGAGGUCUACUGGCAGGACUUGAGGAUCUGAAAGCGGCCGAGAAAAUCGAAGUUGACCGCUCACAGAUUGAAGACGAAGUUGUCAUAUCUGUUGCUGAGGUUAUGGACAGCUCAACAUCGAGUUGGGAAGCUGAAUUCCAGUCUGCAGGAGACAUUGAUCCAAUUUCAUUGGCGUUGAUAUUUGCAUCCCAUUCCCUGGUUCUUGUCGCUCGCAAAAGGCUAAAAGCCUUACCGCUGGCAGUCCUUCUAGAUCUCCUCACCUUUACCAUCGCGUCGGCCUUCGCAUCUGGAACCUUCGUGAACGCAUCGACUCUCCGCAAGAUUAAUGGAUCUCCUCUCAUGCAGUCGAUUGCUCCACUCGCAAAACUCACGGCCCUCGUCACAUCAGUGCUCUGUGAAUCACUGUCCAAUGAAAGCGUUGUGAGCUCACUUGCAACUCUCCAAGUAUUUCUCGCCAUGUCCAAGACCAUUGAAACGGAUUGGCAACAUACAAGUCUUGUCGGUGAUGACCUAACCUUGGUUUGGAACAACCUCAAAACUUUCCUAUUUGCACACAUCAUGAUAGCGGAAGCAACGUUGUCUGCGCUCGUCUAUAUACCCGAGCCACCUUCUUCGAUACCUCUCACCGUCCUACACACUCUGCAUCAUCUAUCUUUUGUGGUAUCCCAGUUUGGCGGCCUUUCGACAGCAGCUCAGCCAGGUUUUGCGGAACUUCGGAAGACAUUUUACCUCGCGUUGGACUUAAUCGCGGCAGGAACUGCCUCCGACACAUUCGUAAAGGAGUUGGUGGGGCAUACUAGCGGCGAUCUUGCAAAGACGGCCUACGAGUUAACGUGUAUUGAGCAGCUCGUCCCCGUUCUAACUGAUGACUGCAUUCGGUCUGAUGCUAUCCCGCUUGCACUUCCGUUUCUUUCGGUCUCGACUCACCGCGAGAGUUACGAGUCCGCGCACUCACUUAUACUCGCCGUCUUUGCCGCCCACGCGGAUCAUGCUCAGACUCAACCCUCCGACGGCGAUGGACAAGGAUUUGUCGUGCGGAUGAUUCCGUUCUAUGCUCAAUGUUUACUGGAGAAUUCAGUUGAUGGCCGACUGAGUACUGCCCAGUUGCGGCUAGCCUACUCGUCGCUGGUUCGAUGUGCAACCGCCAAGGAUGACACGAUCGCGUUAUACUGCAUUGAAGUCUUGGAUAGAAUGAUCCAAGAACUGUCCGGAACAAGUGUUGAUUCAUAUGCCAGCGACAGAGUCCACCGGUUGCAUCUGACCCUUAUCUCAAUUGUGCCUGCAGUGCCGUUAAAACUGCUCCCACGCAUUUUAGAGCGGGUCGGCCAAAUCCUCCUCAAAGCCGGUGGUGACGAGAUCAGGAAGAAGGAACUGCACGACGCGACGUUUGUCGAAAUUUCUGAGCGGAUCGGGGAUGUCCAAAAGCCGGUUGCAAUGAAAUGGUGGUAUGGAUUGGGUCUGGAUCAGCGGAGAGACUCUCAAAUAGCUGCUUUGUAA